UUCAUCAAUUAUUUUAGAAAGGGAAUUACACGCAGAGGAAGCUGUUAGCAGGAGGAUUUUACCUGACCAUUCAAAUCCAUUAGAUGUACCGGAUUUCAAGUUUGUGGCAAGCUACCGGGUAAACAAAAGUGCUUUUGAAAUGGUGGUAAGCGUCGUAGCUCCGCAUGUCAAGGAAAGUAGCAUCCCGGCACGACUGCAGUUGGCGGCCACACUAAGAUUUUUAGCCGAAGGUGGCUUUCAAAAAUCAGUAGGGAAGGAUGUUGGUGUUGCAAUGGGUCGCAGUACAAUUGCGAAAGUUCUUAAGCGGCUGCUUAAUGUUUUAGAAAAAUACAUUUGUCCACGAUGGAUUAAACUUAAUAUGACGGAGGCCGAAAUAGCCGCAUCAAAACAACAUUUUUUACAAAACUUCGGCAUACCUGGCGUGGUUGGAUGUGUAGACGGAACACAUUUUCGGAUAACAAAGCCACAUAAAGAUCCAAGCCUUUUCUACAACCGAAAAGGAUAUUUCAGCAUCAACGCAAUGAUUAUUUGUGACUACAAUAUGACAAUAAGAGCAAUAGAUGCCCGUCGCCCUGGUUCAAGCCAUGACGCUUUAAUAUGGAGUGUGAGCAGAGCUCAAGAGUAUUUCCAACGCAACUACGAAGGCGGUGAACGUGGCUGUUGGCUUUUGGGUGAUGCUGGAUACGCAUUGCAACCAUAUUUGCUAACUCCGUUUAGAGAUCCAAGUGUUGCAACACCACAACAUACUUUUAAUCAAAGACACUCUUCGGCAAGGAAUAUUAUAGAAAGAACGAUAGGUGUUUUAAAAAGCCGAUUUAGAUGUCUUUCUCGUCUCCUACAGUACCAACCUCAAAAAGUAGUGCAGAUGACAAAUGUUUGCUGCGCUUUGCAUAAUAUUUGCAAAUACUAUAAAGUGCAAGAAUUGGUAGAGUUUGCCUCAGGAGAUGAUUAAAAAGGAAAACAGUUUUAAUGUAGAAAUAACAAACGAAACAACGCUUGAUGGAGAGGCUGCAAUAAUGCGAGAUACUAUAGCCAACCUACUUCAUACGAAUUCUUGAAAAUAAAG